ACUAAUCAACUCUGAAAAGCUGGGCGUUCGGCUCAAUAGAACAAAAUUCGGACCUAUAGACAGCCUCAGUUAGACGUUAGAGCUACUAAAACCCUCGAAUCGCAGAGCGGCUGCUUAAACCCCUUAAAGCAUUUUUCUCUGCGUAUGAAGCUCCGCAUUUCUUCUUGAAUUCUAGGGCUAUUCUUGUUCUUUCACUUCCCUUCUGGUUCCCCAAUGCCCAUGGCCUCGCUCCUUCUCAGAAACCCCAACUCCAAGCGCCUCCUCCCUUUCUCCUCCCAAAUCAAUUGCUGCUGUGUGGGAUCAUCGGCUCACUCCUCUCUCUCAGAUUACAUAUCCGGAAAUGACCGAGUUUCAGCUCCCAAUUCCUGGUGGAGAUCCAUGGCCACCUUCACCAGAACGAAACCUCAUGUGAAUGUGGGAACUAUUGGGCAUGUCGAUCAUGGGAAGACUACAUUGACUGCAGCUAUCACAAAGGUUCUUGCAGAAGAAGGGAAAGCUAAGGCUAUUGCCUUUGAUGAAAUUGACAAGGCCCCAGAAGAGAAGAAGAGAGGAAUUACGAUUGCAACGGCACAUGUGGAGUAUGAAACAGUUAAGCGACACUAUGCACAUGUUGACUGUCCAGGACAUGCAGAUUAUGUUAAGAACAUGAUUACGGGUGCUGCACAGAUGGAUGGGGGUAUCCUCGUCGUAUCUGCCCCCGAUGGGCCGAUGCCACAGACCAAGGAGCAUAUUCUGCUUGCUCGCCAGGUUGGUGUGCCAUCACUUGUUUGUUUCCUAAAUAAAGUUGAUGCUAUAGACGACCCUGAGUUAUUGGAACUUGUGGAAAUGGAGCUCCGUGAGCUUCUUAGCUUCUACAAGUUUCCUGGGGAUGAUAUCCCCAUUGUUCAGGGUUCAGCUUUGUCUGCCUUACAAGGUACAAAUGAAGAGAUAGGCAAAAAGGCUAUCCUGAAACUAAUGGAAGCUGUGGAUGAUUACAUUCCUGACCCAGUACGGCAGCUUGACAAGCCUUUUCUGAUGCCUAUUGAAGAUGUAUUCUCAAUUCAGGGGCGUGGAACUGUUGCAACUGGCCGCGUUGAACAAGGAACUAUUAAAGUUGGUGAGGAAGUUGAGGUUCUGGGGUUAAGGCAGGGCGCUCCUUUAAAAACCACAGUCACUGGUGUUGAAAUGUUCAAAAAAAUAUUGGACCAAGGACAAGCCGGUGACAAUGUGGGUCUUCUUCUUCGUGGUCUAAAACGGGAAGACAUUGAACGUGGUCAGGUAAUUGCCAAGCCCGGUACUGUUAAAACAUACACGAAAUUCGAGGCUGAGAUAUAUGUACUUACAAAGGAUGAAGGUGGACGCCAUACGGCCUUCUUCUCAAAUUACAUGCCUCAGUUUUAUAUGAGGACUGCAGAUAUCACUGGCAAAGUAGAAUUGCCUAAAAAUGUUAAAAUGGUUAUGCCUGGUGACAACGUGACUGCAGUAUUUGACCUGAUUUCACCCGUUCCUCUUGAACCAGGUGUGUCCAACUUAAUUUCAUCUAGGAAAAGUGAAUGUAAAGGAGCUACUUGUAUGUUGAUCUUUCUUAGGAACUAUGAAAGGUGGGCCAUAACUUUACUCUUGCGAAGAGCAUUGUGCCUUCAAUGUUUAUUGCAUAUCACUGUGCGAUAUCUCAGUAAUAUUAAUUUUUCAUUACAAUAUAUUUAUUGGUGUAAAAAUUCCCCUUGCGGAAAAUGGGUGGAAGUCAAAUUUUUGGCUCCAAAUCCCUCUUUUUUUAUUUCUAGUGUUGUAUCUGUUGGUUUUGGGAAGAUUGUAGGGGGCUCCCAUCCCAUCAAACUUUGUAUCUUGUAAUCCUUUAGUUCAUCUAGGGGUGAAAACCAACCCCUUCGGCGUAGUUUUUGGGCAAAACUGACGCCAACCGAUGCUUCAUUUUUUGGGGAGAAAACCUGCCAAAACCAGUCGAUGUGGAGGAGAAACACCGGCCGUCUAGACGCCGGCGGUUCACUGUCAAUUUAGAGGCGAGCUUCAUCUGAGAGAGUAGAGAGAGAGAGAGAGAGAGAGAGAGAGGAUGAGAAUUGAGAAAUGAAUCGGGGAAGGAGGAAGAAGACAACCUUAUUUUGAAACGGCAUCAUUCUACUUAAUUGUUUUUUAAUACAUUAUGAAUAAAAUGACGGGUGUCGUUUCAAUUAUAUUUAAAACACAACUAUAGGCUUAAAACGAUGCCGUUCUACUUAAGACGCCGUUCC